AUGGCCAUCACCGUGACGGUUCUCUACGCAAACGUGCUGGACGGCAGGGUGGACGUACAAAAGUAUCUUACCGGGCAUGCACCAAAAGUGAUCAAAGAGAUGGGUCCGUUCGGUCUCAGAGGUGUCCGUGCGGUGCAACUACACGGGUCACCGAUAAAACCAGGUGCCGAUAAACAGUACCUCCUUCAAGUCGCCCUCGAUUGGGAUUCUCUGGAGGCUUUCAACGUGGCAUUCAAGGCGACGAGUGAGAAGUUGAUGGCGGAUAUCGAUUCGUUCAGCAAUCUUUCGCCGCUCAUCAUGUAUGGCGAGAUCAUAUUGGAGGAGAAGUUUCAGUUUAUGUGA